CAAGUGUCAAAAGUCAAAGUAAUGUUUUUUUAUCAGUUUACUACUUUACUCUUGCCGUUUACUUUUUAAAUUCGUAAAAAAUACAUUCAAAUACUCGUGCAUUACGGUGGAUUGCGUUAAAAAGAAUACGCAAUGCAUAAAAAAACAGAAAGAGCUUGUAACUGCGAGAACCUAUUGACGGUGAACAAGAAUAUAGCCGAAAAACUAUCCCUGGAAGAACAAAGGAGAGGAGUCAUGGAAGCGCAGAUAAUCUGCUUUAGAGAUGAAAAUUUUAGACUGAAACUAGAUAACGCAAAUUUGAAAUUAACUGUGGAGAAAAUGCACCAUCAUUACACAAAAAUCGUAGGGAAACUGAAGGAGGCCGUAGAACUGACUACAGAAGUUUUUUCUAUGAGUUCAAUACCAACAAAUACAAAUUCUAUUGGUCAACAAACGCUAACUGUCCAUCCUCAUAGAGUGAAUGGCGCAGUCAUAAAUAAUCCCACAAUCAAACUGGCGAGAUUAAACGAAAUGAGCGAGUCCCUCCCCGCAAAUGAAAAUUUAAACGGUAACAACUCCGGCAGUUUAUCCACAACACCGCAAAAUGACGAAAACGGGCCUAAUACGAGUCAGCCGGUAGCGAAUACAUCGAGGACCUCAACUUCGCCUGUGCACUCAGGAAACAAGUCAUUGGGCUCGAACGGGUCUUUGAACUCGAGUAACGGCAGUUUAAAAAGAUUAUCGACUGUAAUAGAAGAGAGCUGGAGGCGCAGCCAAUCUACAGGGAGAUCGCUCGGCGUACCGACUUCCGAAGGAAUGAUUUUACCCACGCACGGUUCGUUCUCGGACGCUUCCAGUAACUCCACCAUCACAGAAUUACCUACGAUACCUACGUUAAUUGAAAACCAAUCGGCGAGUUCGAGCUGGAACGGAAGCGCUUUGCAUUUAGAGGAGCCUUCGACGAGUAAAGGUAAUGUAAAGGCGGAAACUAGUAGAGGCAAAAGUAUAACAACAUCGACUCCGUUAGUAAAAAGGAAAAAAAAUCGAAAUGGUUAUUCAGCGACAAAAUCAAACGACACGAAAGAAAGCGAUUCUGAUUCUGAUAGCGACAAUGAUCGGGUCGAGCAGUCUGCAGGGACUGGUCGAAGUUUGAUCGACACGACUGUUUACUCGAGUUCUACGUCUAGUGGUGAAUGGGAGGAGGAGACUACGAUGUCUUUAAAGCGUAAGAAAAGGAAGUCGUUGAAGGGAUCGGCGGGAAAGGUGUCGAAAAAAUCUACUGUAGUAACUAAAAAAACUAAAUCGUUGAAGGUGGUGUUAACGAGGAGCACGAAAGUAGAAGAGUCGAUCAAUAGGAUUUCGUCGAGUAGUAGCACUCGAUCGAGCAAAGCGGAUACCAAGGAAAAUUCUUCAAUUUCGAGUUUUACCGAAUCGGUAACUUCGAAUGAAUCUGUAACCACAAGUCGGCCGAGAAGGAGGGCGGCGCCAUGUUCGCUGAAGGAGCCCAGUUUAAUGAAGAAGAUGCGCCGUUCUAAGUAAAUUGUUUUUGAUGAUUUUUAUUAUAUUGUAAGCGUAAACAUUUUUGAUCUGUGUAAUUUUUUUUACUUUUCCAAUUUCAAUUAUAAUAGACCCACUAUUUUUUUAUUCCGAUUUGCUCGGCUCUUUUCAUACACGUUGAGUGUUUUUUUCUCUCUUUAUUUCAAUAAAUAAAUUUAAUCAUACAAAAAUACAAAUUAAUGACUAGACAUACGACGUUUGUACAAUUCGAGAAAUAAAUAAGUUCAGCGUAUGCGGUACAGAAAAUGGCGGUAAUUAAGAAUGUGCUUCGUUGAAAAAAUAUAUUCCGGGCAGCUACAAAUUGAGAGGUUUUUUUGGGAUUUAUUCCGUUUUAAUUUAAGUACACCUCUAUGUUUAAAAACAGUAAAAUAUACAAAACGUAGGCGUUUUCAAAAACGUCUCAAUUAUUCAAUCGCCCAGUACAAAGUGACCCUAUUCAAAAGUCUGUACUAGUAGAUCUAUAUCGCAAACUAAUCGGGGCACUUCGUACAGCAAAAUUCGGCUCAAUAAGCACUUAAGUACGCACACUACACCAGCCAAAAACGACAUCGGUAUAGUUACAAAUACGUCAUUAAAAAAAAGUAAAUUCAAAAUUCUCGACGGGAACGUUUCCUUCUAUUUUUCCUCGACUACCAAUAUCUGUACUUCUUCACGCAACUGUUGCCCAAAUCCACCACGAUUACGUGAUUAUCACCGGUAACGGCCAGUCCGCUGGGUCUCUUCAACUUGGCCUCGUGCGAAUCGAUGCAUUGAUUGAGACUCCUAUCGGUCAGCGACAGAAGCUGCACGAACGUGCGCCCUUUCUGCUCGGUCCUCGUCAACAACACCCGAUUCUCGCCGUCUAUGGCUAUUCCUCCGUAU